CACACACACACACACACACACACACACACACACACACACACAUCUGUGACUGCAAAAAGGAGACUAAUGAUUUCGAGCACAGCAGGGCAGUGUUACAGGGGCGUCGAAAUGACCUACGAUUCGCCGGAAUUCCUGGACAAAAGGGGAAACUGGCAGCAGACUGCGAACAUAUUAUCAAGACUCCUUCGCGAGCACCUCAGCGUGACUCCGGAGUUCGAAAGAGUCCGCCGAGUAAGGAAGUCUUCAGAGAAACAACCAAGAGGCACAGAAGCUAAAUUCCUAAGGUUUUGUGAUCGAGAACCCUUGAAGGAAGCUAAUAUCCCGGAGACUGUGUUUGGGAAUUUUAAGCUAGCACGGGCGCGGCGAGGAGAGGCCAGCUGACAUGGCUGCUUCAAACGGAAAAGCAGCUAUGCUGUUAAGGAAAACUUGUGUGAAUCUACAGUGAUUGCUUGAAAAAUCGGUGUAAGUAACAUUACUACAAUUAUUAAAUUGAACAAAAAAAAUCUGAGGAAUAUUAUUUGUAUUUUA